UGAGCCGCCGCCACCUCCCAGCCACUGCUGCGCUGGCUGCAGACACAGGCAGGCACCAUGAAGCUGUCUCUCCUGCCCUGGACCCUGCUGCUGCUGGUGACAGCCCCCGACCCAGGCCCCUGGCCUGCAGCAGGUGCCCAGGGGAGCUGCUCCCACCGUUGUGGAGUCCAGGAUGGGCCGUGCUCCUGCCACCCGACCUGCUUCGGCCUGGCCAGCUGCUGCUCGGACAUUCGGGACUUCUGCCUGGAGAUCUUGCCCUACUCGGGCUCCAUCAUGGGUGGCAAGGAUUUUGUGAUACAGCAUCUCAACUGGUCCAACCCCACUGACAGCGUGAUCUGCAGCUUUAAGGAGAGCAUCCAGACCCGCGGCUUCGUGGACUCCUCGGGACGAGUGCACUGUGUGUCACCCUUGCUCUAUGAGACCGGCCGCAUCCCCUUCACGCUCUCCAUGGACAAUGGCCGCUCCUUCCCACGCUCAGGCACCUGGCUGGCUGUGCACCCCAGCAAAGUGUCAGUGUCCGAAAAGAGCCAGCUGGUGAACGAGACCCGCUGGCAGUACUACGGCACCGCCAGCACCCAGGGUAACCUCACCCUGACCUGGAACACCUUGGCUCUGCCCACAAACUCCAUCACCGUAGAGCUAUGGGGCUACGAGGAGACAGGGAAGCCGUACUCCCGGGAGUGGACGGCAGCGUGGUCAUACCUGUACUCCUUGGCCACAAGCAUCACCAACUCCGGCUCCUUCACCUUCACACCAAAACCUGCACCUCAAGACUACCAGAGGUGGAAAGUGGGUGCCCUUCGCAUUGUCAACAGCAAACACCACGCAGGGGAGAAGGACGUGCACGCACUCUGGAGCAACGAGCACGCGCUAGCCUGGCACCUGGGCGAUGACUUCCGGGCAGACCCUGUGGCCUGGGCCCGAGCUCAGUGCCUGGCCUGGGAGGAGCUGGAGGACCAGCUGCCCAACUUCCUGGAGGAGGUGCCCGACUGCCCCUGCACCCUGGCCCAGGCCCAGGCUGACUCUGGCCGCUUCCAAGCAGACUACGGCUGUGACAUCGAGCACGGCAGCGUGUGCACCUAUCACCCAGGGGCUGUGCACUGCGUUCGCUCCGUGCAAGCCAGCCCCCUAUAUGGCUCAGGCCAGCAGUGCUGCUACACGGCGGCAGGCACACAGCUCCUGACAGCCGACUCCACCAGUGGCAGCACCCCAGACCGUGGCCACGACUGGGGCGCACCCCCAUACCGCGUGCCGCCCCGCGUGCCGGGCCUCUCCCACUGGAUCUACGACGUCAUCAGCUUCUACUAUUGCUGCCUCUGGGCGCCCGAGUGCUCCCGCUACAUGCAGAGGCGGCCCUCCAGCGACUGCCACAGCUACCAGCCCCCGCGCCUGGCCUCCGCUUUCGGGGACCCGCACUUUGUCACCUUCGAUGGCACCAACUUCACAUUCAACGGACGCGGCGAGUAUGUGCUGCUGGAGGCCUCUGGGACUGACCUGAGGUUGCAGGCGCGGGCCCAGACCAGGAUGACGCCCGAGGGCUCUCAGGACCGAGGCACAGGGCUGACUGCUGUGGCUGUCCAGGAGGGCAACUCAGAUGUGGUAGAGGUCCGGCUGAGGGAUGGGGCGGGGGCCCUGCAGGUGCUGCUGAACCAGGAGGUGCUCAGCUUCAAGGAGCAAAGCUGGAUGGACCUGAAGGGCAUGUUCCUGUCAGUAGCUGCUGGGGACAGAGUAUCAGUCAUGCUGUCAUCAGGGGCCGGCCUGGAGGUCAGCGUCCAGGGUCCGUUCCUGAGUGUGGCGGUCCUGCUGCCCGCUAAGUUCCUGACCCACACACGAGGCCUCCUUGGGACACUCAAUGACAACCCCUCAGACGACUUCACCCUGCGCAGCGGCCAGGUCCUGCCCCCCAGUGCCAGUUCCCGAGAACUGUUCCAGUUUGGGGCUGACUGGGCUGUGGAGAACGCCUCCUCCCUGCUCACCUACGACUCCAAGUUCCUCGUGGAAAAUUUCCUGCUCCAGCCCAAGCAUGACCCCGGUUUCCUGCCCCUCUUCCCCGAGGAGACCACCUCCAGCCCCAGCCUGGAGAGUGAGGCGGCCAAACUGUGUGGGGACAACAAUUUCUGCAACUUCGACGUGGCGGCCACCGGGAGCCUGAGCGUGGGCAACGCCACGCUGUUGGUCCACAGGCAGCACCUGCUUCGCGCGCAGAGCCUGCAGCCCGUGGUGUCCUGUGGCUGGCUGCCUCCGCCCUCCAACGGGCACAAGGAGGGCAUGAGGUACCUGGUGGGCUCCACUGUCCACUUCCACUGCGACAGCGGCUACAGCCUGGCCGGGGCCGAGGCCAGCACCUGCCAGACUGAUGGCACCUGGUCCCAGCCCACCCCGACUUGCCAGCGAGGACGGAGCUACGCGGUGCUGCUGGGCGUCAUCUUUGGAGGCCUGGCGGUGGUGGCCCUCGUCGCGCUCGUCUACGUGCUCCUAUGCCGCAGGAAGAGCAACACGGCCGUCUGGGAUUCGCAACCCUGAGGGAAGCACGCUUGUCCGGCGGCCAAGGGCACACAGGACCUCCCCGGGGCCAAAGACCAGCCUCCCAAACUCCCAAGAAUGUGCACCCCAGUACUUGGAUCCACAAAUCCCUACCACCAUACACCUGGGACACGGACACCUGAACCUGAGCUUUUAAAGCCCGGUGCCCUGCUCUGUCACCAAAGACCCGGACCUUGAGUGGUCACUGUGGAGUUCCCGAGGCUCUGUUCCCCACAUACCCCUCUUAAUUCCCCAGGCCCGAGACUCCGUACCCUUGAAUUCUGAGGCAUGUCUCCCGAGCCCUAAUACUCCAGCACCUGAUAUUCAAAGGCCAGUACCAGUACCUCAGAUCCCUUGCCCAUGAUGCUGAUUCCCAGUAUACUGAGUCGUGGUGCCCCAACAGGGGGCCCCAGGGCCGAGCUGCCUUGAUUCCCAGACCCUGGGCCUGGCCUGAGACUGUAGGUGGGUCCAGACUUGGGUGUGGAGAGUCACCCUCUAAGCUCCAGGCUUGUAAUUCUAAGUCUCUGGAACAUCUCCUGAAACACCCCUCCCUGCCUGUUGGGGGAGAAAACAAGCCUUUGGUGCUCCUUCCCUGGUGUCCUCAUGCUCGUGCUGCACCUCGGUUCCGGGGAGUCCCACGGUUGCCCUGUGCGGUCCACAGCACCCAGAGCAACCUGGGUCUGAGGCCUUCGUCCACCGGCAGGUCACCUGGGACCGGUCUCUCCCCAGCCUCUGUCUCUCCAUCUGUAAAGUGGGAUCUAGAACAAUGACCAUGUUGUGGCGGGGAGGGGAAGCGUUCUCCAUGGGGUGCUACGCUGGGCACUCAAGAGAAGGGACAGGGCUGGGCGGCCCACCCUCCCCCAAUGUAGGGAGCAAGCAAGCUGGCAGCCUGGCCCUGGGCCCCCCACCCUGCCCUGUCACAGCCCCAGAGGCAGUCUGGUAAUGCGAUGCCCAACUGGUCCCGGUCCCUGAGCCCUUUGCCCAGGAGUGUCCAGAAGCUAGUACAGGGCCCAGGCCUCAUGCCAUCACUGCCCCGUUUGUAGCAAGGGUGCUGAAUGGGGGCUGUGGGCAGGCCUGGGCAGGGUAGGAUGGGGUCAGAUUUGCAUCAUAGGUGUUAGAUGGAGAAAGCACCCGGGAGUGUGGGGUUGGAGGUUGGCGCCGCCUGGCCAGGGCGGGCAGCUCUGCCUGAGAGGAGUGAGGGGCAGGGGGUUGCCCACGAGAUCUGGAGCCCUGGUUGGGAGGCUGAGUGAAGCCCCUUCACCGCAGCACCAAGAGUGGCCACGUGGGGGCAGCAGAGGGUAAGAACAGUGGAGGCGGAGGCUACACAGGGACCCAGGCCAUCAGGGAGAGCAGUGCAGUUGGGCCAGCAGGCUUGUGGUCACAACCCCGGCCAAGGUUCAUGCAGACCCACCUCUUCGUCUCCCUCAUCUGGGGGGGUGACCUCGAGUCGUCCCCCAGUCUCAGAGGUUGCAUGGGUUACUCAAGGUCGUCCAGCUGGCACUGACCACUUGGAUCGGAGGCCAGGCCUCCCUACCUCCUCAGCCUCACCUUUGGCAGAGGGGUGGGCAGGGGCAGCGGCAGAUCCCGUCUGCAGGGAUUCCUGGAGUGUGCACAGUGGGGCACAUUUGAACAGAGCUAAGACGAGAUUGGGGGGCUGGGAGUCCUGGGGGUGGUGCUGAGGAGACUCUGGUGGAGGCGGAUGGGGUCAGUGCUUCUUGUCUUUCCAGACCCCACCCACCUCCCCCCAACCUCUGGGCUUCCAGCUCAGGACAGGGGGGCUGAGGGCCCACCCUUUGGCCCCUGGGCAGGUACUUUCCUCUCUGCAGAUGAGGUAAGGCAGGGCUGGCCUCCCACCAACCUGAGCUCCAGUGCCUCCUUGCCGAGCCAGGCUGGGCCAGGCCCUUGACGGUGGGUGAGGGUCAGGUCCUGGUCAGAGCAGGAGGGCAGGGGCAGCAUCACUGCUCCCAGACUGGCCUCAGAGGUGUGAUGGUCAGAGAGCUUUCCAGGUAGAGGAACAGCCUGGGCAAAGGCUCAGAGGAUGGGCAGUGCACUCAGGUCUGAGGAGUAACGUGGAGGGCAGCAGUAGAGGUGCCUCCCCUGCCAGGCUUCAUCCUGAAAGUAAAGCAUGGCCUCCCUCAGGCCCCCUACCCUACUCUUGUCCCUGUAAGGUAGGCCCUGGAGCUGCCCUGGCAGGAGAAGGGCUACAUCGUGGCCCUGGCCCCAGACGUCAGGCCUUCCCAGUGCCAGGGGCCGGCCAGGCUGGGAAGCCCCAACACCUGGCAGGGGUUUUCCCAGGGACCCGUCAGGAGUCUGGGGUGCUGCAGGGCCUGUGUGAGGGCACAAGAUCCCAGAGCUGGGCAGAGACUCCCUAGAAACAUCAACGGUAGGCACCCUGGCCUCAGAGAGGUGGUCUCCCCAAACCACAGCCCCAGGGAGUGACGGCACCAGAACCCAGCGGCCAGUCCCCUGUCCCUUGUACUAGUUGGGAUUUUGAGGACAGUAAUCCAGGGACUUGGAAAUGCAGGUAAUGAGAGAGCUGGGAAGUGAAAUAGGAGCCAGCGAGGGACAAAGGGUGGGGGAGGCCAAGGAGCCAGGCCAGGUCCCCAAGAAAGAGAACAUGCGGUUGUGUGGGGCCCUCACCACAGAGGCAGUUGCCCCACCAACAGAGGCCUCUAGCCUCCCGAGGAGGGGAAACACCACUUCCCCUCCAGCCUCCCACUUGGGCCUCCUGUUGGCUGAACAGUGGGAAGGGGCUGAUGUGGGGGGAAGGGACCAAUGUGGGGAGUAGGGACCCCUCUGCCAGGCUGCUUCCUCCCACAAAGCCCCAGGUGACCGAGUCCCUGCCCUGGGCCAGGCCUCUGCUGGGAGACCCCUGUCCCCAUGGUCCAUGCUGCUCUGGAGGAGGGUGUGAUCGGUGUAGUGCAUUGUGGGAGCAGGAGGCCAGGUGGGUGCUUCUUGGAGGAGUCUGGUUCCAGCUGAAUUUCAGAGGACAGAAGCCAUUAGAGAAGUGAGGUCCAGUAGGUACUCUGCAGCCACACAGGCCGGGUGCCCUUCCGAAAGCACUGGACUACAUUCCCCAGCACCCUUUGCAGUCGGUGCAGUCAUGUGCCUGGUUUCUAGCAGGAGGGGGUGGGGCAGUUCCAGGGCUGGUCCUUAACACCUCCACAGGCAACCCCCUGCAGGCCCUUCCCCCUGCUCCCGAUGUUGCACAGGUGACUGGAAGCCAUGCCAACCUAGGUCCCUAGCAUGUGGAAGGAUCUCCCCAUCCCCACCUGUUCACCCAUCCAGUACUGCUUUGGGAACAAAAAAUAAACUUCCCUUGUGAGUAAGCCAUAGUACAUUUUGGGGUCUAUGUGUUGCAGCAAUUGGUCCCCUGAACUAUACACAACAGGCAGAGAUGUGAAAAGAUGGCCUUAUGUUUUUCAUCAGUGUUGAAGAUAAAUACUAUGUGCAAAAGGUUUUAAAAAAUUCAGUGGAUCUUCCAAUGUUCAUAGCAGCGUUAUUCACGAUAGCCAAAAGGUGGAGGCAGCUUAAGUGUCCAUCAACAGGUGAAUGGAUAAUCACAUGUGGUCUGUCUGUACAAUGGAAUAUUAUCGGGUCAUAAAAAGGAAGGAUAUUCUGACCACUGCUACAACAUGGAUGAACCUUGAGGACAUUAUACUGAGUGAAGUAAGCCAGACACAAAAGGACAAAUACAGCAUGAUUCCACUUACAUGAGGUCCCUAGAGCAAAUUCAUAGAGACAGAGGGUAGAAUAGAGGUUGCCAGGGGCUGUGGAGGGGAAAUGGGGAGCUGUUGUUUUUGGCAAGUUCCCUGACCAGGGAUUGAACCCGGGCCGUGGCAGUGAAAGCACCAAAUUCUAACUACCAGACCACCAGGGAACUCCUGGGAGCUGUCAAUUAAUGGGGACAGUUUCAGUUUGGGAACAUGAAAAGGUCGAGAGGGGUGGUGGUGAUGGUUGUGCAACCAUGUGAAUGUACUUAAUGCCACUGUGCUGGACCCUUAGAAAUGGUUAAGACGGUAAAGUUUUUGUUAUUUGUUUUAUUUUUUUAAUUUAUUUAUAUGUUUUUGCCUGCGUUGGGUGUUCAUUGCUGCGCACGGGCUUUCUGUAGUUGCGGCGAGCGGGAGCUACUCUUCAUUGUGGUGCGCGGGCCUCUCAUUGCGGUGGCUUCUCUUGUUAUGGAGCACGGGCUCUAGGCACGUGGGCUUCAGUAGUUGUGGCUCGUGGGCUCAGUAGUUGUGGCACGCAGGCUGUAGAGCACAGGCUCAGUAGUUGUGGCGCACGGGCUUAGUUGCUCCACGGCAUGUGGGAUCUUCCCAGACCAGGGCUCGAACCCGUGUCCCCUGCAUUGGCAGGCGGAUUCCCAACCACUGACCCACCAGGGGAGUCCUGUGUUAUUUGUAUUUUACUACAAUUAGAAAAGUUUAAAACUCAAACAGAGGAAUUUACUUAGUCAUUGCCCAGGUGGUGGGCAGUCUUGCUUCUUCAAACGCUGUUGUGCUUGGUAAGUAAGUUCGGGUUCACCUGUAGGGCAAAUUCACACAAGAUGAUGGGCUGGGGUUUUUGUUUUUGUUUUUUUAAUUUAUUUAUAUUAUUUAUUUUUGGCUGUGUUGAGUCUUUGUUGCUGCACCCUGGCUUUCUCUAGUUGUGGCGAGCCAGGGCUUCUCAUUGCGGUGGCUUCUCUGGUUGUGGAGCAUGGGCUCUAGACACGCGGGCUCAGUAGUUGUGGCUCACGGACUCUAGAGCGCAGGCUCAGUGGUUGUGGCGCAUGGGCCUAGUUGCUCCACGGCAUGUGGGAUCUUCCCAGACCAGGGCUUGAACCCGUGUCCCCUGCAUUGGCUGGCAGAUUCCUAACCACUGCGCCACCGGGGAAGUCUGAUGGGCUGGUUAAACGACACAUUUGUUUUCCUCCUAGAGUUGUACCCGCUGACACUCACCACCAACCUACGCGAUUGCCAGGCCCCCUACACCCUCAUCAGCGUAAGGAGCCUUCAGAUUUUUUGCUCUUUGUCAGUUAGUGAAACACACUGUGGGGCCUCCGUCAGGCUGACCGGCAUUCCCAGAAUUCCCUUCCCAAUGUGUUUUGGGUUAGGACCACAAGAGAGAUUCCUGUGCAGGAUUGGGAGGGCGGAAGGGAAUUGGCAACCUCUUUUGUAAGUCACACUCCUUGUGGCGCGCCUGCUGACCCAGCUCAUCAAGCACCAGCGGAAUCCAGGCAACUACUCCACCUCCUCCCAGUCCACCCUCAGUCCAUUCUCCUGGGUCAGGUGUGUGACAAAGCAGUCCAGCUGCUACAAGAAACCUUCGUCGCCCUUGGCAACAAGAAGGGAUGUGGGCUUCAGGCCAUCCUCGUGGGCUCCAGUCAGCUCUGGAUCCUCCCUCCACUUUCCAUGCAUCUUCCCUCCUGACUCUGCCUCAUGGACCUCAGGCUGCAGCAUCCCAUGGGAGACAGUAGCCUUACAGGGACCCCUUGCCCAGUUCCCAUGGUGUGGGCCCUGCUUCUUUGAUGGAACUCUGCUAAAUAAAGUAUAAGUGUAAGCAAGAGAGUGCACUGCUCAGGGUACAGCUUGUGAGCAUGCCCAGUGAACCACCACUCUGGUCACCCCUAACAUUUUCUCUAUCAGACACUGUCCUCUCCCUCCUUCUCAGGUCAACCACCAAUUUCUCACCCCAUAGGCGAGUUCUGCCUGGUUUGUCCUUCACACAGGUGGAAUCCUAGAGUUUUUCUGAGUAUUAUUUCAGCUAAUGAAUUUGUUUAUCCAUUUCCCUGUUGAGGCGCUUUGGGGUGGUUUUCAGUUUGGAGCUAUAAUGGCUAGUGCUGUAAACAUUCUUGUAUGUGUCUCUUUUUUUUUUUUUUUUGCGGUACGCGGGCCUCUCACUGCUGUGGCCUCUCCCGUUGCGGAGCACAGGCUCCGGACGCGCAGGCUCACCGGCCAUGGCUCACGGGCCCAACCGCUCCGCGGCAUGUGGGAUCUUCCCGGACCGGGGCACGAACCCGUGUCCCCUGCAUCGGCAGGCGGACUCUCAACCACUGCGCCACCAGGGAAGCCCGUAUGUGUCUUUCGAUGCACAGAUGUGUUACCGAACCAAACGUGGGUCUGCUCGCCUUCAUGCAGUAAAGCCAAUCUACUGACACCAAGUUGUGCUGAAGGAAAGUGCAGCAUUUAUUGCAAGACCAAGCAAGGAGUCUAGGUAGCUAAUGCUCAGAAGGCCCGAACUCCCUGACGGCUUUCAGGGAAAGGUUUUAUUUUAUUAUUAAUUCAUUUAUUUAUUUGGUUGCACCAGGUUUUAGUUGCAGUUUGCCAGCUCCUUAGUUGCAGCACGUGGACUCCUUAAUUGUGGCAUGCAGACUCUUAGUUGCAGCAUGCAUGUGGGAUCUAGUUCCCUGACCAGGGAUUGAACCUGGGUCCCCUGCAUUGGGAGUGUGGAGUCUUAUCCACUGCGCCACCAGGGAAGUCCCUCAGGGAAAGGUUUUAAAGACAGGGUGAGGGAGGGAGGUUUCAGGGUGCGUGGUCAGGUCGUGGACAUUUUUCUGAUGGGUUGGUGGUGAGGUAAUUGGGAGUCAACAUCGUCAUCCUUCUGGUUCCAACUGGUCUGGGGUCUAUGUGCUAGUGGGCAGCAUGCAGUUAACUUCUUCCACCUGGUGGGGGUUUUAGUAUCUGCGAAAUGGCUCAAAGGACAUAGCUCAGAAUAUUAUUUGUAGCCCUUGAGGAGUAACUGAAGGUCCUUGACUUUGUUUAAUGGCUAAACUAUUAUUAUUUUGUCUUGCUUGGCUAUUCUCCUUUCUUUCUGUAUUUGUCACUUCUCUGAUUAAAUGUAUUCUCAGAAACUCAGGGAAGGCCUUGGAGACUAAAGUUUUUCUAUAGACAGAGAGGCAGGCGGAGGACAUUGGAAGGAGCAGGGCCUAUUCCAGGAAGGCCCCAUAGGGUCCUGGUCAGUUACAGACAUAUGCAUUUAUAUUGGGUAAGUUCCUAGGAGUAGCAUUGCUGGGCAUGAGGUAGGAGUGUGGUAGUUUUAGUAGGUAAUAUUGGUUUUCCAAAGUAGUUUUACCAGUUGAUGUUCCCACCUGCAGCGAAUGGCAAUUCCAUUUUGCCAUAUAUUUUUAUUUUUUAAAAAAACAACCGCUGUAUUUGUACUUUGUUUAUAGAAGUGGAAUGUUAGUGUGGGAUCUUAGUUCCCCAACCAGGGGUCAAAUCCAUACCCCCUGCAGUGGAAGUGUGGAGUCUUAACCACUGGACUGCAAGGGAAGUCCCCAUUUUGCCGUAUUUUUGCCAACACUUGGCAUUGUUGGUCUGUUGGAUUUUGGCUGUUCUGAUGGGUAUAUGGUGGUAGCAUAUUGUGGAUUUAUUUUGCUCUUUUUUUUUGACAACUAGUGAAGCUGUGCAUUUCUUUGUAUGUUCAUUGGCCAUCCAGAGCUCCUCUUUUAUGAGAUGUGUUCACGUCUUUUGCCAUUUUCCAUCAGGUUAUCUAUCUAGAGCUCUCUAAUUGAUUUUUAGGAGUUCUUUAUUCUGGGUAAGAGUUUAUUGUCAGAUAUAAGCACUGCAGAUGCUCUCGUAUUCCAUGGGUUGCCUUUUCACUAUUUUAAUGUCUUCUGUUGAACAGAAGUUCUUAAUUUUUCUAUAGGUCAGUUUAUCCAUUUUUUUCUUUUGCAGUUAGUACUUUUUGUGUCCUGUUUAAGAAACACGUGCCUUCUCCCAAGUCACAAAGCUGUUCUGUAUUUUCCUAUAAAAGUAUUAUUGUGUGAUAUUUCAUAAUUAGAUCUGCCAACCAUCUGGAAUGAUUUUUUGUGCAUGGUGUGAGGUAGGAGUCAGGAUACACAUUUUUCAUCUGGCUGUCUGAUUGACUUAGCACUGUUUAUUGAAACAGCAUUCUUUUCCCACUGCACUGCCGUGUCUCCUCCGUCAAAGGUCAGGUGACUUUCUGUUCUGUCCCAUUGCCCAGUUUAUUUUUUAAAUUUUAUUUAUUUAUUUUUGGCUGCAUUGGGUUUUCGUUGCUGCGUGGGCUUUCUCUAGUUACGGUGAGCAGGGGCUACUCUUCUUUGCAGUAAGCGGGCAUCUCAUUGUGGUUGCUUCUCUUGUUGCGGAACAUGGGCUCUAGGCACACGGGCUUAAGUAGUUGUGGCGCAUGGGCUCAGUAGUUGUGGCGCAUGGGCUCAAUAGUUGUGGCUCGCGGGCUCUAGAGCACAGGCUCAGUAGUUGUGACGCACGGGCUUAGUUGCUCCAUGGCAUGUGGGAUCCUCCUGGACCAGGGAUCGAACCUGUGUCCCCUGCAUUGGCAGGUGGAUUCUUAAACACUGCACCACCAGGGAAGCC